AAGCCUAGAUUCCCCUGUAUGAACAUGGUAAUCUGGUUUUAGGGGCUGAAUUAAGGAAGAGAACCAUUGAAAAUCAAAGCAGUGAGCAUACAAAUGUCUGUUGAUGAUAGGGGUUGAGGACAUACGGAUUUAUUAGUGGAAUAACUGUGAAGUGAAUCCAUGAAUUUGGAGUUAACCACAGACUUUAACCUUAUAACUUCUGUAGCUUUUAACUUGUGUACCUUUUUUUUUUUUUAUUAUGGCAUGUACCUUACGUUUUUUCUGCUUCAUCUUGGACAGGAUUACAGGCUGUCAAUUUGCAGCAAAUUAUGCUAUGCAAUAGGAGGUGCCCCAAACCAAGUGGCAGGGAGUGCUACUGCUUUCUUCCUCCAGAUCUACUUGCUAGACAUAGCCCAUAUAACUCCAUUUCAUGCCUCUUUGGUGCUGUUCAUUGGCAAAGCCUCAGGUGCAGUUACUGAUCCUGUUGCUGGCUUUUUUAUUAGCAAAAGUAGAUGGACAAAAAUUGGACGGCUUAUGCCUUGCUACAGAAACUUGUCUGUGGGCACCUUAUAUCUGACAAAGAAUAGAAGGCAAGUACAUGCUGGAGGAAGGCUGAGAGAUAACUGCUCCUGGCUCCAGCAGGAACAGGGCCUUCAAGUCAAAGAUAAGCUUUUUGUCAAGAGCCCCAUGGGAAAAGAGGAGCUUGCUGCUGUUUCUCUUUUCAUGAUUUGGUUUGUGGCCAGGAUGCUGGCAUGUACACCCUUCACAGUAGUGUCCUACUUUUUUAUGUGGUACCUGCCUCCUUUUGUAUCAGGAAGAGUUGCAUGGUACUUGACUUUCUACUGCCUUUUCCAGGCACUGACCACAUUAUUCCAGGUACCGUACUCUGCCCUCACCAUGUUUCUCAGCACAGACCAGAAGGAGAGAGAUUCUGCAACAGCGUACCGAAUGACCAUGGAAGUGCUUGGGACCUUGAUUGGAGCUGGACUUCAAGGGCAGAUUGUGGCCAGUGCUCAUGUCUCUCAUCACUGCACUGUGAAUCCCCCAGUAAACACAACUGACUCCUGGUAUGACACUUCCAGCUUUCCAGACACUUCAGAUCCCUUGUCUCAUCAAGCAAAAGUUUAUAUGAUUGCAGCAGGGGUCAUAGGAUGUGUGUAUCUUCUUGGAAUUAUCAUCCUUUUUCUUGGAGUAAAAGAAAAAGAUGAUCCUUAUGCCUUAAGUUCAGACAGAGCAAUACCUUUUUGUAAGGGGCUUGGACUCACCAUGAAGCACGGUCCAUAUGUGAAGCUUACAGCUUCAUUUCUUCUCAUCUCAACAGCAGUUCAGUUGGAGCAGAGCAACUUUGUCCUAUUCUGCACUCAUGCUGCUGAUCUUCGCAGUCACUUCCAGUAUUUGGUAGUGACCAUCUUGAUAUCAGCAGCUGUGAGCAUUCCUUUCUGGCAGAAGAUUCUGCAGCGAUUUGGCAAGAAGUGUGCAUCAUUUGGGAUUGCGUGGAUGACUCCUUUUGCAGUCAUGCUAGUCACCAUUCCAAACCUCAUCCUGGCUUACUUCGUGGCCUUUGUCUCUGGUCUGAGCAUCGCAGCAUCUCUUCUGUUGCCAUGGUCAAUGCUGCCUGAUGUUGUUGAUAACUUUCGCCUGCAGAAUCCUCAUGGAAAAGGACAUGAAACUAUUUUCUAUUCUUCUUAUGUUUUCUUUACCAAGAUGUCAGCAGGAAUUGGCUUAGGAAUUUCUGCAGCAGGACUGGAGUUUACUGGAUACAAGCCAGGGAUAUGCAGACAACCCAGUGAUGUGAUCCUUACGCUGAAAAUCCUCAUUGGAGCAGUCCCUGCUAUCCUCAUCUUUGUAGGUUUAUUUAUACUUCUUUUCUACCCGAUCACUGAAGAAAGCCGAAGAGAAACAAAGCUUGCACUUGAGGUGUUAAGGAGAAGCCAUCAAAGCACAGACACCCUGGACAAAGAGGAUACCUCAGUCUGAAAGCUCUGAAUACGAUGACUUUCCAAAUACAGUCUCACAUCUCAUGCACAAACUCUGUGAGUCUCCCAGGUCAUUUCUCUGCUCACAUUUUAUCAAACAGGAUAAAGGCUGAUUCUGACACAGUCAGAAAAGAAAUCAAGAGAGAACACCACCGUGCAAAAGAGAUAUCUAACUGCACUGUGCUAAAAAAGACAUUACAAAUGUUCAGGAAUGUGAGCUGUUGAAAGCUUGGGGGUUUUUGUCUAUCAGUGAUUAAUGGAAAGCUGUGAUCUCACUGCAACUGGAAAUUCUAUGGACUUGUAGGUCAGGGGAAAAGGAUGUAAAUAUUACGCACCACCCAAAUUUUAACUCAUGAUAUAUUUCACCCUUAGGGGCUGGGAUGGAUUUUGAACAUAAUUUCUACCUAUAAAUUGCACACUAGUGUAUUUGGAAAGCACUUUGGAAUACUAGAUUAUACUAUAAAGUUAGGAUUUAUUUUCUUUUGAAAUGGAGCAAAUCACUGAUGCAGACGUGUUUUGAGGAUUUUCUCACAAAGAGUUUUUCUGCAAGAGAUUUUGAUGUAAGUUAUAAGUUAUACAUAUAAGUUUAUAACAUAUAAAUUUAUAGUUUUAUAAGAAACAGACCCUUAUAUUUCCCAUUACUGGAGUUCUUUGCUUCUGAAACCUGUAAACUGAUCUUUGUCAGAGAAUGAGUACUGAACAUUUUCAAAUCAGUAUCUUCACUCAGGAUACCCACAAUCAGUAGUAUCUUCCAAAAAUUCCAGGAAUAAAGGCUAUUCAAUUUUCUGGCCUUUAAGUAAUCAUGAUAGUCACCCAUUUCUCACAUCAUGUAGGCUUUCUGAGUCAUGAAACACCAUGACAUGGCUGUUAAUCUCAUCUUGCACACAGUGUUUUAUAGUGAUGAGGCUUAACCUGGCUUUUAAAUGGUGAUUUUUUU